AUGUUUUUCUAUCGUUUUCCUCCCGCGUUUCCUUCCUUUAGGCGGCUGCUCUUGUACCUCUUCAUUGUUUAUCUUCUUCCUAAAGAUGUAUUAGCUUUAAAAGCCAAUAGGAGGAGCUCCCCUCCUUUAACAUCUCCUAAAGGGGUAGCCGAUGAAGAUAGCAAGAAAUCUUUUCGCGAUGAUUUGCUGCCUUCUUCGGACUCUGUUGACUCCUCUUCAUUUAUUCUUACUCAACACACUCACUUAGCAGCAACUACAGCAGCUGCAGCACCAUCUGCAGUAGCAUCAGCAACAACAGAAACAGCAAAAACAGCAGCAGCAGCAGAUGGAAAAGGAGCAGCAGCAGAAACAGCAAGAGCAGCAACAGCAGCAGCAGCAGCAGCAACAGCAGCAGGAAGGGGUAAUACGGCUCCUAAUGGUGCAUAUCAUUCUCUGAACGAGCUCUAUAGUUUUUCUACAGUGUAUAACAACCCAGCAGCUUCAUUAUCCUCAGAAGGAGAGGCAUCUCUGCAUGCAGCAGCAGACAAACUUCUUGCUGCUGAACAUUCACCCCCUCUUCAUUAUCCACCUGAUUGGAAUUCAACGCCUCCUGAAACUGAAGGACCUGGAGUAGGAGGUAUUAUAGACAGCGGCAGCAGCAGCGGCAGCAGCAGCAGCGGUGGUGGCAGCAGCAGCAGCGGCAGCAGCAGCAGCAGCGAUGGUGGCAGCAGCAGCAGCAGCGAUGGUGGCAGCAGCAGCACUGGUGGCAGCAACACUGCUAGCGACAGCAGCAGCAGCGUUGGCGGCGACAGUAUCAAUGCCGAUAUCGGCAGCGAAGACAGCAGCAACGGUAUGGGUGACAGCAGCGACAGCAGCGACAGCAGCAGCAGCAGCAACGGCGGCACAGCCGAGGACCCUACUUCUACUACGACUACAACAGCAGAACCAACGGAAGCAACAACAACUACCACUUGUAGCCCCAGCAGCAGCAGCAGCAGCAGCAGCAGCAAGGAAGCCUGCGAGCUACACGUAGGAGAUUUGCUUGUAGAUGCGCAGUACUUGUCAUCUGCUUGUUUAGAGGGGCCGAUAUAUCUUUAUAAAGAAGAUACACCUGAAAUAAGCUCUUCAGGGUUUUCUGUGAGGAGGAUGUUGUUUAAAAAUAUAGGAGAAGAUACAGUGCAUGUCUCUUUAAGAGUUAGUAGAGGCUCUGUUGUCUCCUUCACAUUUGAGGAAGUAGCAGUUAAUAAUAUGCUAACCAGCAGCAGCAGCAGCAGCAGCAGCAGCAGCAGCAGCACCAGCAGCAGCAGCAGGACAAAGGCGAAAGCGGAAGAGGCUAAACUUAUUUAUGCGCAGCUCAAUGAAUACCGAAACAACUACCCACAUGACGAUCGUAAACCCUAA